AUGAGCGCGAGGGUGGGAGACGACCCUCAGAAUAAGUCCAUCGACGGAGUCAAGAACUUUCGACGGCGACUCGGUAACUCAUAUCAGCUACUACGCACGGCCAGGGUUUUCAGGAACGGAGAUGACCGAAAUAUUGCCCUUACUCUACCUUGGCAGUCUGAGAGACGCUCACGACCCCGAACAACUCGAAAAAUUCAAGAUUCGAGUGAACUUUCUUAUUUUCUAAAUAGCUUCUCUGCAGAACUGCUAAACUCAGAAAAAUUGAAUUCAACGAUUUUUCAAAACAUUUCGGAUAGAGAGAAUGAAACGUUUCAAAAUUCAUUACGGUUUUAACUUAUGAGGUUACGGUAACUUCACCUUCUACUAGAUUUUACAAAAUAAUACAAAAAUUUGAUGCCGCUGGCAUACAUGUUGGCUUGUUGAAUUGCAGUUUGAAAAGAUAUUCCUAACAAUAUUUUUCGGAGCUGAGGCGAUUGAGACAGGUUGGCGCCUUGUCGCGGUCACAAUUUUUUUCAAUAUUUUUAAAAAUUUACCGCUCAUUUUUCUGUUUUUCAUGUGUUUAAAUUAACAGUAAGAUCGGAACGAUUUUAUUGUUUCUGUUAGAAAGUUUACAAAUCGUGAAAUUGACAGGCGAUUCUUUCGGUGCAUGACAUGCCGCGGACGAGUGAGUUGCACCAGGGGAUGACCAUCAUGCAAAUUCGCAUUUCUGACAGUUCGGCUCAAAGGAUCUCGGUGCAUUUUCGAGACGCGAUCCAGUUCAUUCACGAGGCCAGAAUGCGAGGAGGUCGCCCUGGAAGUUCCUUCUCCACAACUAAGAACGACUUGCAGAUGCGGUGCUGGUGCACUGUCUUGCGGGAGUCUCGCGCAGCGUCGCCCUGGUCGCAGCCUACGUCUGCACGACGCUGUUUGUCGUCGACAACUUCCGUGUCCUCAGCUUCAUCCAGUCGCGACGCCCUGUAGCUAACCCCAACUUCGGCUUCCGAAUGCAACUCGCCAACUUCUUCGCAAAAGACGUCCGUCCUUCUCGUUGUCAAUUUUAUCUGGACAUGUUGCAGAGCCCUCGUUUGGAGCGUCAACGGCUUCUGUCUUCAGGCGGAAAAUUGUGCGCCGACCUUUUUAAGGCGGACAAGGUCUACUUCGCCAACGGCAGAUGA